GGGCGGGCGGGCCGGGCCAUGUCGCGGGUGCUGGUGGUGGGCGCGGGGCUGACGGGCGGUGCCUGCGCGGCGCUGCUGCGGGGGGCGGCGCUGGGCCGCGUCGUCGUCUGGGACAAGGCGAGGGGCGCAGGGGGCCGCAUGAGCACGAGCCGCGGCGCGGGGGACGCUGCCUGCACCGCAGACCUGGGCGCGCAGUACAUCACCCUGGAGGCGGAGCGCGCCCAGCCGCACCGCAGCUUCUAUGAGGAACUUCUGUCUCAUGGCAUCUUGCAACAGCUGACUGCACGCAUUGAAGGAAUGGUAGUGAAAAAAGGCUCAUGCAAUUAUGUGGCACCCCAGGGGAUCUCCUCAGUUGUCAAGUAUUAUUUAAAGCAGUCAGCAGGUGCAGAUGUCUUCUAUGAACAGCAUGUAACUCGCAUCUCUCUCCGAGACGGGAAAUGGGAAGUCUCCAGGAAAACGGGACCACCGGAACUGUUUGAUAUAGUUAUUCUCACAAUGCCUGUUCCACAAAUUCUUCACCUGCAAGGUGACAUUGUAAACACCGUGAAUUUCACCUGUGAUUCAGUGAAUGGCAUCCUGUCCCUACCUCCCACUGCUGGUGUCUGCUCCACCUCUAACCUUCCACUGCAGCGUUUCGUACCUUCCUUAAUUAAUGAAAGUCAAAAGCAGCAACUGGAAUCUGUGAGCUACUCCUCCCGCUACGCUCUGGGACUUUUUUAUGAAGCCGGUACACGGAUUGAUGUCCCCUGGGCUGCACAGUACAUCACCGAUAAUCCCUGCAUACGCUUCAUCUCCAUCGAUAAUAAGAAACGCAAUAUAGAGUCUCCUGAAAUUGGGUCCUCAGUUGUAGUUCACACAACUGUGACAUUUGGUAGCAAAUACCUGGAUUCAGACCUUACAGAGGUGCAGCAGUUAAUUCUCAGUCACCUGGAGAGAAUUUUGCCAUCCCUACCUAAACCAUCCAGCAUCAAGUGUCAGAAAUGGAGAUACUCUCAGGUUACAAAAGCUGUGCCCAAUUCUCUGGGACAAAUGAUUCUUCAUAUUCAACCUCUCCUGGUUUGUGGGGGCGAUGGAUUUACUCGUUCCAACUUUGAUGGCUGCAUAGAUUCUGCUGUGAGUCUUGCAGAGGCUGUGAAGUCUCAUUUACAGCAAUUACAAAGUCAGCUGCUAAACUUAGUCUAGAUUUAUGAUGAGUUUUACUAUGUUGGAUUGAAUUCUAGUUUAGCGUUAGCAUCACUGGCCUCUAUCUUACAAAAAUAAAUAAAGGAAGAUCUAUUGGUGUGCUUUAAUAAUUAUCGAGAUGGAACUGAAUUUAAUUUUUAGUGGUUACUUACUUGAAGUAGAACUUUUUCUGGCUCUAGUCAGAAGCACUGAGCUUCAGCAAGUCUGCUGAUACUUUUACAGCCCCUGAAAAUUAUGUCAAGGAGAGGAGCCUGACUUAGCACAAAACCCCAUGGAGCUGCAGAGUUUACUCCUCUAAGCAUUCGGAGCCCUGGAAGUGACAGAAGAAACAUGCACAAUUGAUCCCAGAGCUUUCAUACAUACAUGUGGUUAUUUCUUCUGGUGCAGAUCAGUCCUGCUCAUGGGUUAUUGUGUUGGCCGUGUGGAAUCAGUGAUGGGGCAUACCUUUCUAUGCUUCUCAAGUUGCAUGGCCUAUGCAGGGUGUAACCAUAUCAACUCAAGGUCUAACCCUGUCUCCAGGCAUGGACAACUUUUAAGUGAGGGGUAGUAGUUCUCUGCUGACCAGCUUUCUUUGCCCACAGUUUUCUGGAGACCUGGUUGCACAUUGCUGGAAGAGCUCAUUUAAGAGCUCAAUGGUGUUACUGGCAAUGGUGUGCCACUGAAAUACGGUACCUGUCCUGGGUGCAGUCUAAGCAGUAUCAGCCCAGCUGUGCUCGUAAAAGCAAGAAUGUUAAAGAGAAGGCAUGCAUGUUUCUCACAGCAAUAGGACUGCUAUUCCAAAGUCAUCUUGGGAAUAGACAUUGACAUCUGGGCUGUGACAUGAAUUUAACACAGUAAAGCAGACUGGCCAGGAAAGUGGAUGAACUUAAAAUAGUUCAGUAUUUGCCAGUGCAUCAUAGCUCUCUGCUGGCCCAGGGUUCCCUGAACAAAGAACAGCCCUUUCCUCCUUCCAGGUGGUGGAGGAAUCAGGGUAAGAGCAGCCAGUAUGGAAGCUCUUUGCCUGGCAAAUGCCAAGAGGAAGGAGGAAAAGAAUUUAUCUAAGUACGGUCCAUGGCAGUGCGUUAAUAAAGAAAAUUGGGCUGACAUUUCAGGCAGUUACAUCAUGACCCCUAUGAGUUUACACUAAUUUGAAGUAAACAGCCAGUCUGAAAGAAAGGUGACUUCUAGACAGCUCUAUACUUUUUUUUGGCAGAACAGGCAUAGAAGGGGAGGGGCAGAUCCAGGGAAGGAUAUAAAUACAUGUGUGAGUGAAUAGACAAGGAAUUUGAUUUGAAAAUCUAAAAAAUAUAUAAUUUUUAUAAAUAUAGUAUAGAAAAUAUAUAUAAUAUAUAUUAUAUAUUAUAUAUAAAAAUAUAUAAUUUUUAUAUAUAAUACAUAAAGCAAGUAUAAUAGUGUUGAAAAUACUACCUGUCACGGUUUCAGGUAUUUCUAAGAUACCAAAUCAUGUUCGUGAAGUAAAUUUUGAAAUUACUCAGAAAUUAACCAAGAAAUAAUUUAUUUAUUCUAAAUUUGAUUUUAAAUUGCCCUUCCUCUUAAGUCAUGUGUCACAAGUUUAGCACCUCUCUAUACUACAGCACUAAAAAUAGCAAAGUGCUAUUUUCAGCAGACAGAAUUUUAACCAUUAGAGAAGUACAUUCAGCCUCUUUUUCUUAUAUCCUCCAUUUCACAAAAAUCUGACAUCCUGUAUUCACAGUAACUGAACACUGUAAUCUGCUGUUUGACUGUUUCUAAUGCAGUAUUUUAAGUGACAGUAAGAACCUUAAAACUUAAUUUUAAAAACAUCUUUGAAGAAUAUUACAUGACACCAUACAGUUUUAUUGUUGUUUUUUCUUCUUUCCAUGAAACCCUGGAGUUUAAAACUAGGUGUUGUUACUGUGUCUGAACCAACCAGGUCCAAACCCUCGGGUUUCAAUCACUGUGUGUUGUGGAGAAAUGGGGAAGAUUGGUGGUCAUGUAUGUCCACAAAUCUUUUACAAAGGCAUGUGAUCUCCUAUCUUCCCUGGAUCAACAUAACCAUGAAGAGCCACAUGGUCAUGGAAUAAAUCUAAUCUGGUGAA